AUGGACUUGGGUACUGAACAAAGUAACAAUGUUGAGUGUCCAACGUGUAAAGGCCUUGGAAGAAUCCCUUCAUAUGAUUCAACAAUAAAUGAAAGUGAACUAUUUGAAGAUAUUUCAUUUUUAGAGCCUAAAGCGUUAAUACAACACGAAAACCGAUCAAAUUCAAGCGUAACAUCGAUUGGAAGCAAUUUGAAAUUAUUAACAAAAAUGGAUAUUGAAUCUGUAACGGAUCUAUUGCCAGAAAAAGCACCACUCGAUAAUCCAAAAGAAGUGAUCAAAUCAAUACUAAUUCGUAUAAAAAACACGAACCCAGAAGAACACAAGAAAGCGAUUAUUGACGCAGUUCAAGUUUCGAGAUACUACCAGAGCAUGUUGAAACCUUAUAUGAACUUGAUAAAUCAAAAAAUAGUCCAUUUUCUCAACAGCCAACGGACACUAAAUGUUCGCUUGGCGUGUCAAUCGGCCGGCGAGCUGUUUAGGACUAUGCGAUGCACAGACCGACCCAUAUUUGAUAACAUUGUAACUGGACUAAUGUACCGUACGGCGGAUAAACACCAAAACGUUCGCAUGGACGCUAAUUGGGCACUCGACAAAAUGAUAUUGAAUAUCACACCGGUGUCCAGCAUCAAGGUGAUAGCCAAUUGUCAUCACAAAAAUUCGGCUGUAAAAAUAACGCAAUUGAGACUGUUACACCGCGCCACCGUUUUGGCAGAUCCGAUGAAAAUAUUGAUUGGCACGGGACUGAAAGAAUCAAGGCAAUUAAUUUUGAAAAACUGUGUGGUCGCCGUGGAAGAUGCCAAUUCGGAUAUUAGGUUUAUGUCAAAGAAACUUAUGCAGUUAUUAAUGAAUACUUGUAACGAUAAUUUUUGCUCGGCCUUAGUACACGACUUAAAAUGGGACGAGUUAAGAGUUGUUGAAAAGCAUUUAAACGUGGAAGAUUUUAAACGUGGAGCUGUUUUGAAGAAAAAAAAUAAAUAAGUUGAUGAA